UCGAAUACACAAUUGCUAAAGAUCUACUUGGAUAUCUGAUGACAGCAUGAGUGUUAUACAAUAUUCAUAAUUCCAGAUAGUCACAGAACAACAAGGACUUUAGUAGCAUUGGCAUCAUAAUAUUUUGCAGAUUCACAGGAAAAUAAGGAUGGGAGAUGAAGAGAAGGCGGACUUUGAUAAUGCGUUGGUUAUUACUAUCUUCUUGUUAAUAUGGAUGGUGGGAAUAGUCAUAUCUAAUGGCACUGUGGCUAGUAUAUUACUUCUACGAAGACGCCUCCGAAAUAUACCAAAUUUGUAUAUUGUUGCUUUGUCUUUUUCCCAGUUACUUAUAGGAACAUUCGUCAUUAUUUCUACAAUUUUUGGAGUUAACUUAAUCAGCACACCGACGGCUUGGUGUAUUACUGCUCCAUUUUUUGAACUUUUUGCGUUUUCAGCUGGCAUAUUUUACCUAGUUGGAUUGACAGUAGAUAGAGACCGGGCUAUUCUUCAUCCUAUGUCGUACAAACCAACUAUACAGAAAACAGUUGUAAUCUUAGUCAUAUUAACGAUAGGAGCUUUGGUUUAUAGUGUACAUGUAUUUAUCCAGUAUGUUAUCAGCAACUCUGUUAACAAUGACAAUAACGAUGAAAUGACCAGUUCUAACGUAAGCAACCAUGAGUCCAGCAACGUGUGUAAUAUCCUUACAGAAGAUGAGUCGUCAGAUUUAUGGUUUAGAAUUUUAGAUUUUGUGUUGCUUUUCAUGCUGCCAAUGAUAGCUAUGGUAAUAAUGUACUAUCGUAUUAUUAAAGCAUUGUGGGCGCCAACCAUAUUAACCACGUCAUCUACCAUACGAAAACGAAAGGUAAUUCGAUCAUCUGUCGUUUGUGUUACAUCAUUUCUAAUAUGCUGGUUACCAUUCUAUCUUCUAGACAUAAUUCAUGACAGUAUUGAGGUAAUCACGGGAGACGAAGUUAGCGGGAAAGGUUAUGAUGUUGCUCGGAUUGUUGUUAUAUUCCUUGCGUUGUCAAAUAGUCUGAUUAAUCCCAUUAUUUACGGAUUUUUAAACAAACAAUUUCAAAGAGAAAUGAGGCUUAUCAAAAUCAAAUAUUUUUGUAAAAGUAACCAAAUUGCUGAUACUCACAUCAACACUCACAAUCACACAAUGGGCAUCAAACAAGGAAAUUCCAGUCAACAAACAUCAUUGCCAGCAUAAAUACAUACAAAUGGCAACAAACAACGAUGUUCAUGUCAAUAACCACCAUUGCCAGCAUAAAUACAUACAAAUGGCAACAAGCAAUAAUGUUUCAGCCAAAAAACAUCAUUGACAGCAUGAAUACAUACAAAUGCCAACAAACAAGGAUGUUCCACUUAACAAAAAAUAAUGUUUCACUUAAUAAACAAUGAACGAAGGAUGUUCCACUUAACAAACAAGGAUGUUCUACUCAACGAGCUUCAUUUCCAGCAUGAAUACAUACAAAUGUCAACAAACAUCGAUGUUCCACUCAACAAACAAUGAUCUUCCACUUAACAAUCAAGGAUGUUCCACUUAACAAACAAGGAUGUUCCACUAAACACACAAGGAUGUUCCACUAAACUAACAAGGAUGUUCCACUUAACAAACAAGAAAGUUCCACUUAACAAACAAGGAUGUUCCACUUAACAAACAAGGAUGUUUCACUCAGGAAACAAGGCUGUUCCACUUAACAAACUUCAUUUCCAGCAGUACAUACACAUGGCAACAAACAGCGAUGUUCCACUUAACAAACAAGGAUGUUCCACUUAACAAACAAGGAUGUUCCACUCAACAAACAAGGAUGUUCCACUCAGGAAACAAGGCUGUUCCACUUAACAAACAAGGCUGUUCCACUCAACAAACUUCAUUUCCAGCAGUACAUACACAUGGCAACAGACAGCCAUGUUCCACUGAACAAAUAAGGAUGUUCCACUUAACAAACAAGGAUAUUCCACUUAACAAACAAGGAUGUUCCACUGAACAAACAAUGAUGUUCCACUUAACAAACAAUGAUGUUCCACUUAACAAACAAUGAUGUUCCACUCAAGAAACAAUGAUGUUCCACUCAACAAACAAGGAUGUUCCACUCAACAAACAAGGAUGCUCCACUCAAGAAACAAUGAUGUUCCACUUAACAAACAAGGAUGUUCCACUCAACAAACAAUGAUGUUCCACUCACGAAACAAUGAUGUUCCACUUAACAAACAAGGAUGUUCCACUCAACAAACAAUGAUGUUCCACUCAACAAACAAGGGUGUUCCACUCAACAAAUAAGUAUGCCUCCGGGUGCGGAAAUUUCUCGCUACAUUGAAGACCUGUUGGUGACUUUCUGCUGUUGUUUUUUUCUAUGGUCGGGUUGAUGUCUCUUUGACACAUUCUCCAUUUCCAUUCUCAAUUUUAUGUUCCACUCAACAAACAAUGAUGUUCCACUUAACAAACAAAGAUGUUCUUCUCAAGAAACAAUGAUGUUCCACUCAACAAACAAUGAUGUUCCACUCAAGAAACAAAGAUGUUCCACUCACUAAGCAAUGAUGUUCCACUCAACAAACAAUGAUGCUCCACUCAACAAACAAUGAUGUUCCACUCAAGAAACAAUGAUGCUCCAAUCAACAAACAAUGAUGUUCCACUCAAAUAAGAAGGAUGAUCCACUCAACAAACAUCAUUGCCAGUAAACUUAGAACAAUGUAACUGUUUUGAUUUACAGCUAUGCUUGUCUCUGAAACAUACUUUAAGUAACGGAAAUGAUGUAAAUCUUCAACAGAAGCCUGCCACUAUUAUUUGAACAAACUGUUUCAUUAUAAAUCAUGUAAUAUCAAUCUGUUAUUUUUGUUUCAUUUGGUUUUGUAUAACACAUUAAAUCAGUUAUCAA